AGGUAUGCGCAACCAACAGUUUCCUUAAUCCCCUCGUGAUCGUGUUUUUAACGCCAAAUUUAAUAUUAGUUUACUUGUUAAGUAUGUUCACACAUUAUAAUGUUGUGAGUGAACUUCAUAGUCUGUCAUGGAAUGAACGGCACAUUGCAAAGACAUAAGAACAACUUCAAACUUCAAUUUAUCAACAUCAUCACCAUGUCGUCGCAACCUUCCAACGCUGCGCAACCCUCCUAUGCUGCUCGCUAUACCCCUGUCGUUCCACCACCUAGUGUUGGAGCAAAUAUUGGUGGCGGUGGAGGUUCCGUGUCGUCCACCGCAAUUUGGCACCAGCAGUCAUCGUCCUCAAGCGGGCACCAAGACGCUAUGUUCGAGGACUAUGAAGCAGAAUUACGCAAGUCUUUUGAAGCUAUAGAUGGCGUUCUCCGAGACGAAUACUCGUUGAUGACAGAUAGGGAGAUCGAAAAGCAUUUCAAGCAUAUGAGGCAAAACCUACAGGCUUUGAGGUUGAGGUUAGGCGCAGACCCUUUGCGGAAGGAAAUGUUCGAGAGCAAGCUGAGCUAUUUCACGCAGUAUAGUCGCGACUUGCAGGGAAAGGUGAAGGACUGGCAAAGAGAAAGGGAAAGGAAAAAGCUGCUUUUGAGGAAUCAUGGCAGGAACAGUGCUGGAGGAGGCAGUUCGACCAGUGACUACGAUCCCGUCAACAAUCACGAUCGGCAGCGAUCUAUCACCCGAGCAAAUAAUCGUGUAGAACAGCAAUUGAUGCAGGGACACGAGACGCUGGUGCAGGCAAAUCGGGAAAUGCAUGAAAAUGAGGACAUUGCGCAUAAUGUAAUACAAAACUUGGCUGAUCAGCGAGACGUAAUAACGCGCGUGAGGGAGAAUAUGGGACGAGUAGGCGAAGAAUUGGACCAAGCGAGAGGAGUGAUCGGAACGAUGCUCAGGAUCAGGAAGUACUUCUACACAACUCUGAAUACUUCUACACUUUGAACACUUUGAAUGAAGAUGUGGUAAGUUUUGUAGUCGGUUUGAUUAUCAUAAUUCAACUUUAGACUGGGUAUCAGUUUGGGGACCUCGAGACUGGAUACAACUACUACCACUACUGCAACGGAAAUGGUCUCUGUUUCAGACGUAGGCAUAAAGUCUGAAUAUCCCUCAUCCACCACAUCCAACAGAUCCCAGCAAAAGCGUCUUGUAUCGCUUUUUCUCCUGACCUUAAUCAUCUGCGCCUGUGCUGCACUGGCUUUCACUAGUAAUUCGGCUUCCGGCACAGUGUGUUUUGGUCUCACGGCAUUCCUUUUGAUCCUGAUGGCGAGGUUUUGCGGUGUGUGCAAUCUGAGGCAACAAGCCAGUGAUGCUAGGGAGAUGAUGACAACGGGGUUGCUGAUAAGGACAGGGCCUAGAGCAGUUUAG